UUUCAAACUAUUUUAAAUUAGUUGUCAGGUUUUGUUACAUCGUGGCUUGUUGUUGAAAAAUCGUAUCAUUCCCGGUUCCGUAUAAUACGCACGAUAAACAAUUUUCACACGUUUAUCAUAACUGCUGUUAUAAACCGGUGUGAUAUAAUUCAAGUCUUAGCCUAGAUGAGUUGUUGAGCAUUUCGGCAACAGAAAAUGAGCAAGUAUAGGAGGAAGCAAUCGUCGACAGAAGACAGUAACAGUGACAGUGAAGAGGAAAGGCGCAAAAGGGAUAUCAAGGAAAGGGAUGAAUUUGCCAAACGUCUCAAGUCCAAGGAUGAUACCAAAGUACGCAAGGUUGCGACACCAGCUGGAUCCGGGGCUGCGGAAGCCGCCAAGCGACUUAAGGUUAUGGAAACUCAAUCUCGUGAUAAGCUUAUUCCUAAACUUCGUGUGGAAUCGCGGAGGAAGUAUUUAGAGAAACGAAAGGAAGAUAAGGUAGCUGAGCUCGAGGCUGACAUACUAGACGAUGAAUAUCUCUUUGGAGAUGAGAUCCUGACUGAGCGAGAAAAGAGAGAGCGAGAACACAAAAAGCAGCUACUCCAGCUUGCUAAAGAACAUGAAAAGGCUCGUGAAAUGGAGCGGGUGCAAAGGUAUCACAUGCCUCAUGAACGAGGGAAAGAUGCUGUUGAGCCUGAAAUUGUCGAUCCAGAACCGCCACAAUCUGAGCAAAGUAAAUGGGAAUCGGACCAGAUGUCGUCAGCAGUAUUUCGUUUUGGAGCAAAAGACAGAAAAGCUAAACAGGAUUAUGAUCUAUUGCUGGAAGAUGAAGUAGAGUUUGUCCAGGCACUGCAGAUACCAGGAAGUUCCAAGCAUAAGAGAGAAGCUGUUUCUCCCCCGAAGGAAAUGAAAGUUUUAACUACCAUUGAAGAGACACAGAGAAGUCUUCCUAUAUAUCCUUUUAAAAAUGACUUGAUACAGGCUAUCAGAGAUCAUCAGGUGUUAAUUAUUGAGGGAGAAACUGGUUCUGGCAAAACAACUCAGAUUCCACAGUACUUAUAUCAGGCUGGUUUUGCUGAUGACGGUAAAGUUAUAGGCUGCACUCAGCCCAGGAGAGUAGCUGCAAUGUCCGUCGCAGCAAGAGUUGCACAUGAAAUGGCUGUUAAAUUAGGAAACGAAGUUGGAUAUGCUAUUCGAUUUGAAGACUGUACUUCUCAGCGCACCCGUAUCAAAUAUAUGACUGACGGAACACUACAUCGUGAGUUCCUCAGUGAACCAGAUCUUGCUACUUACAGUGUGAUGAUCAUAGACGAAGCUCAUGAAAGAACAUUGCAUACCGACAUUUUAUUUGGUUUGGUCAAAGAUAUAACAAGAUUUCGUACAGACCUCAAGCUGUUGAUAUCUUCGGCUACACUAGAUGCUACGAAGUUCAGUGAAUUUUUUGACGAGGCACCAAUCUUUCGCAUUCCUGGCCGAAGAUUUCCCGUUGACAUUUACUAUACAAAGGCACCUGAGGCUGAUUACAUUGACGCUUGUGUUGUGUCUAUUCUUCAAAUACACGCUACUCAACCAUCCGGAGACGUACUUGUCUUUCUUACUGGUCAGGAUGAGAUAGAGACAUGCCAAGAGAUGUUGCAGGAACGUGUCAGAAGAUUAGGGACUAAAUUGGCUGAGCUUCUUAUUUUACCAGUUUAUGCUAACUUGCCGAGUGAUAUGCAAGCAAAGAUAUUUCAACCUACACCUCCUGGAGCUCGUAAGGUAGUCCUCGCCACAAAUAUUGCCGAGACAUCAUUGACAAUAGAUAAUAUCGUCUAUGUGAUUGAUCCUGGCUUUGCCAAACAGAAUAAUUUCAAUUCUCGAACAGGAAUGGAGAGCUUGAUGGUUGUUCCAAUUAGUAAAGCUUCUGCCAACCAAAGAGCAGGCAGAGCUGGCAGAGUUGCACCAGGAAAAUGCUUCCGCUUGUAUACUGCUUGGGCGUAUCAGCACGAACUUGAAGAUAACACCGUUCCUGAAAUACAAAGGAUUAAUCUUGGUAAUGCAGUGUUGACAUUGAAGGCACUAGGCAUAAACGAUUUGGUACAUUUCGAUUUUUUGGAUCCUCCACCGCAUGAAACCUUGGUUUUGGCAUUGGAACAGCUGUACGCACUAGGGGCUCUGAAUCAUCGUGGAGAACUGACAAAACUUGGUCGUAGGAUGGCGGAGUUCCCUCUAGACCCGAUGAUGGCCAAAAUGCUCUUAGCUAGUGAACGUUAUCGUUGCUCAGAGGAGAUAGCGACUAUUGCUGCGAUGCUAUCUGUUAAUGGAGCUAUUUUUUACCGUCCAAAAGACAAGAUCAUCCAUGCAGAUACUGCAAGAAAAAAUUUUCACGUUCCUGGAGGGGAUCAUCUCACUUUACUGAACGUUUACAAUCAGUGGCAGCAGAGCGACUUUAGCACCCACUGGUGUUACGAAAACUUUAUUCAGCAUAGAUCCAUGAAGAGAGCUAGGGAUGUCAGAGAGCAACUUGUAGGCUUAAUGCAAAGAGUUGAAAUGGAGUUGGUAUCUGGUAUUGAUGAAACAAUUAACAUACGAAAGGCAAUAACGGCUGGUUACUUUUAUCACGUUUCACGCCUUUCGAAAGGUGGUCACUACAAAACAGCCAAACACAAUCAGACUGUUUCCAUCCAUCCAAAUAGUUCUCUGUUCCAAGAACUGCCUCGAUGGCUGCUUUAUCAUGAGCUCGUAUUUACUACCAAAGAAUUCAUGCGACAGGUAACAGAGAUCGAGAGUAAAUGGCUUCUUGAAGUAGCACCUCAUUAUUAUAAACCGAAAGAACUCGAAGAUUCGACAAAUAAGAAGAUGCCAAAAGUUACAGGUAGAUCAGGUCCCGAUGGAACAAACUGAUGGGACAAUGUCUUAGUUGCAUUGAAAUAAGGCUGUGCUUCAUAUUUGUGUUGAUGAAAAUAUUCAAUGGACACGUUACGAAUUUGUUUUAUACUUCGUUCAACGAGUUGAAAAAUUGACAUGCAUUUAUUUUUGAUCUUGUUUACGGAUUUUUGUAUUUUGUAUAUAUUAAUUGAAGCACACUUGUCAAUAGUGUACAAUAAUUCAAGAGAUACGACCAUGCGGUUGGAUGAGUUUUUGAAAACAUGAUGUUUCCAACUGUGACGUGCAUUAGGAAGUGCGAAACUUCCGAAUCUAAUUUACUCAGGGUAAAAAAGUUCGUACUUCGUCUCUUACAGAUAAAAAAUAAAUAAAUAAUUGAAAUAUUA